UGAGAGCAACCAAGCAAAGAUAAGGUUUUUAGCAGGGAAAUAUUCGAUGUAAAUGUGCUCCAUAACACGAGCAAAGACCUUUUUAUGGAAAGACCCUUAAAGUGCAUAGAACUGGAUGGAUCAGCAGGCAGACAGGCAGGCAGGCAGGCAGGCGCUGUGAUGUGGCGGAGCGGUGGCUGGUGUCUGCUGCUUGGCCGCUCAGGCUACACUGGAAUGCUGGCUCUUUUGUUUGCCUGAGAGAGGAGUGGGUCAGGGGGAGAAUGCCAUUGAUGAUCGCAGAGAGGAAGAAUGAACCUCCAGGAAGCGUCCUCUCUCUCCCCCACUCCGCUCUCAUUCUCGCUCUCUAUCUCUUUCUGUGUGUGAGAACCUUGGCCGGGCCGAGCCUCUUUCUCUCGGAGGCCACGGUCCCCGGGCACAACCGCUGCUUUGUCCUGCCCCGUGAACACCCCCCUCCUCUGCCGCGGCCGCGUUGGCCAGCGCCGACACGGGGCCGCGGCUCCGUCCUCAUCCACAUCACUGCUCAGCAGCGCUGAAUGCUAAGAGGGCCUUUACGCGGCUCACGAUGGAAUACUUCAGUAUAAACACUCAGCGUUUGGGUUCACGGCGUCAGCAGAUUAUUAAUGUCCUAUUAAACCUACAGGAAAGAAUUACACUUUUUAUUUGAAGAGUGUGACGCGAAACGUCCAGCUGCCGUAACAAACUUAUUCCACUAAAAAGUGGAGUAAGUUGAUGUAACGUCGCCGCUGCAGCUUCCGGCCCAGUAGCUGCCGCGUCCCAUCACGCCGCUCGGUCCCCUCGGUGUCAGAGGAGCUGCAAAUGGCCCUUUCAAAACACACGACAGCUGGAACACAGGGCAAAGGUGAGGGAGGCAGUUGGGAGGAGGAGGAGGAGGAGAGGCUGCUGGGGGGGGAGCAGCUGCAACCUCCAGCCCCCGUUUCUGCAACCAGCCACUAUUUCUGGCUUUGAGGAUCACAAAACACGCUGCGUCUUCACGAUGUUAACAAAGCACGGAUUCUGUGAAAUAAAAGUGAUCCGAAAAAGCAAAGCAAAGGAGCCACACGCUCUAAACAGUCUUUAAACGUCCGUUUACGACCCCAUUCUCUAAAUCACGAGGCAGAAUAAAACAUUUCAUUCAAAUUUUACAACACGAUUGAUGGGAAUAAGUAAACGUUUACAUUUGAAAUGAGCCAAUAAAUCUGCUUUCGAACGUCUGGCUUCCUAUGAGACAGAAGCGAUGGAGCGUUAUUUUUAUCUCGAACAAAGUCGCGUUCCCACUUCCUUCCCAGCCCUAAAAGCCCUCCCGUCCGUGGGACAGGUGUUCCACGGGGAGCCAAUAGAUGCGGCCCGUGCGCCACGCCGCUCGCUGCCGCUGCGCGAAGCCACGGAGUAGCGCACAACUUAUUGUCGGCGGCGGAAUAUCGCGAGACUUGUGCCAUUAUCAACCUGCUUGACUCACAGCAGCGCUGAGUGCAGCCUGCCUCGCACGGGUCGGAGCGGAGCUCAAGGAACGACGGCGAGAAGCGAACAUCUGGCCGCACAUCAUGAGCGGACGCCGCGGCUUGUAGCGCGACAAGACGACGAGCUGCGCGGGGAUCAAGGUUAUGAAGGAAGAAUGGAGUUCCCAGACCAUAGCCGCCAGUUGCUGCAGUGUCUGAGUCAGCAGCGUCACCAAGGCUUCCUCUGUGACUGCACUGUUCUGGUCGGAGAGGCUCGAUUCCAGGCGCACAGAGCCGUGCUGGCCUCCUGCAGCAUGUACUUCCACCUCUUCUACAGGGACCAGUUGGACAAAAGGGACGUUGUGCAUCUCAACAGUGACAUUGUGACGGCCCCGGCUUUCAGUCUGCUGCUUGAAUUUAUGUAUGAGGGGAAGCUGGAGUUCGGCUCUCUGCCGGUGGAGGACGUCCUGGCGGCCGCCAGCUACCUCCACAUGUACGACAUCGUCAAAGUGUGCAAAGGGCGGCUGAAGGAGAAGGAGCUGUCGUGUCCGGACGAGGCUUUGGGGCUCGGCUGCGUGGACAAGGAGAGCUCCUCGGACGGCGAGCUGCACAGCCAGCGGCCCGUCCGGCGACAGCCGCUCGCGCCGCCGCAGGGGCCCCGCGGGGCCCCUGCGGCCGAGGAGCUGGACGCGGACAGCGGCGACGUCAGGCCGGCUGUCACCGAGGGCGACGGCUGUGCGCCGAGCCGGCAGAAGGCCAACGGUCACGCCGGCAGGUCCCCGGACCUUGUAGGUGUCAAUUAUGUGUCAGCAGAGGCCGAGCCCUGCGUCCAAACAGCUGGAAAAACAAAAGCUGAUGUCAGUAGUUCCACCGCAUCGCUGUCCCAGAGGUCCCGCGCUUCAGAUGACAUGGACUGUGCGCUGGAUUUGUCUUUCAAGCCUCUGUCUAGCAGAGAUCCCUUACACCCCUCCUACAUCGCGGGACAGCUGGCCCUCGACAGCCAGCAGCAGGGCACUGAGCCACUUGUUAAAGACGAACACGACUUGCUGUCAGAGCAGGAGGACAGUGAGCCGAUGAGCCCUGAGAGCCAGCGCUUUGGGAAUAGCGCCAGGAGCUCAGUGGUGACAGGGUUCGCUGCCCUCUUCCCAGGCAACAACAGCUCCACAGCCGCCCUGCUCUCCCAGGAGGAGGACCUGAUGGACGAGGAGGGGGAGGCCUGCGGGGGGAGGGGGAGGGGGAGGGGGGGCGCCCCGGGCCGCGAGCUGGAGGAGCGGCGGGGGAGGCUGCUGGGGGACAGCGAGGAGGAGGAGGAGGACGACCUGGCGUCCUCAGACAUCUCCACGUCCAGCGGGGUGCUGCUGCCGCCGGGCCAGCAGGUGUGCGUGUGCCCGCUCUGCAGCAAGGUCUUCCCCAGCCCCCACGUGCUGCAGCUGCACCUCAGCUCCCACUUCCGCGAGAAGGACGGCGCGCGCUCCAAGCUGUCGCCCGACGGCUCGGUGCCCACGUGCCUGCAGUGCAACAAGACCUUCUCCUGCAUGUACACGCUCAAGCGGCACGAGCGCACGCACUCCGGCGAGAAGCCCUACACCUGCGGCCAGUGCGGCAAGAGCUUCCAGUACUCGCACAACCUGAGCCGGCACGCCGUGGUUCACACGCGGGAGAAACCGCACGCCUGCAAGUGGUGCGAGCGGCGCUUCACGCAGUCCGGGGACCUGUACCGGCACAUCAGGAAGUUCCACUGCGGCCUCGUCAAGACGCUGGCCAUCGGAUAAGGAGGGCGGAGCGGCGGGAGCGAGUCUGCUGCUGGGCGCGCACGCACAUACGCACGCACGCACGCACACACAUACGCACGCACAUACGCACGCACGCACGCACGCACACACAUACGCAACCACGCAUACACACGCACGCACGCACAUGCACAUACACGCACGCACGCACGCACACACAUACGCACGCACAUGCACACACAUACGCACGCACAUGCACACACAUACGCACGCACAUGCACACACAUACGCACGCACACACAUACACGCACGCACACACAUACGCACGCACAUGCACACACAUACGCACGCACUUACACGCACAUACACGCACGCACAUGCACAUACGCAUGCACGCACACACACGCGCACGCACAUACACGCACGCACAUACACGCACGCACGCACGCACGCACACACACACGCACACGCGCGUCCUCCCGAUUCCACCCCGUUUCUCCCCUUCAACACGUAGCACGUUCAGACCCGGAGCCGCUCCUGCCUCUGGCGCGGGCCGGGCCGGGCCGACAGCUGCCGCGAGGGUGAAACCCAAGCUGGACCCGUGCCCACCAAGGUGAACACAUCGGAUGAUGCACUUGUUUAUUUCUGUCCUGUUUAUGUCAGUCUGCUUAUUUCAGGAGUAUGUUUGCAAAAAGAAACGGCAUCUGACGAUCAGACCCCGUCGGCUCCGAGCUCGUUCUAAUGCUCUGUUUAUACAAUCGUCAGUGGGUGAAGUUUUAUUUGUGCAAAUGCGAGAUCAGACCGUCCGUGAUUAGCAAUAUAUGAUUUUAAAACUCCAUUAUUAUUAUUAUUAUUAUUAUUAAUAUUAUUAUUAUUAUUUAUUUGGGGUAUUUUUUGUAGUUGCUAACAAGUAAAGUAUCACAAGGCAGCAGAAGUAAUGAAGUCUGGGUUUUCAUUGAAGUUAGCUUGAUUGAAUGAAGCUGGUUCCAGUUCAUCACACCAUCGGUUAUUUAUUUUUAAUUUUUUUAUUUUUUAUUUGGAGAGUCACCAGCUCUUCGGUCGCUAAUGUGGGUGAGCGCGUAGAAUGGCCUUGGAGGAGGAACGCCAAGUAGUGAGAAGCUAAUGCCUGUAACUGUCACCUAGUGUACUUACUGAAACCAGAACCACGCUCGGUUCGGGUCCGAGUCCGGGGUCAGAACCUCGGACUUUCAGGCCUCUGCAUCACACUCCACAUACCAGGCGGUAACGGAGGUAAUCUGGACUCUGGAAUGCCAACUGAUCCAUGAGUGUCCUUAAUUAAAUCCUUUACAAGAAUGUAAUAAAAGUAUGUAAAUCAGCUCUGGUCAAUAAAACGUUUAUUGACCCGUUUGGGUUCAACUCUGACAGUUGCCAGUAAAUUACCUCGUUAUUUCCUGGUGUGGCUCCGAGUUCGGGCCGAGCCGAGCCUCAGCGGGUGGAGGUUCUGUGCUCGUUCAGUGCCGUUCAGCCGGACCCACUGAUUUCUAUUAACCUCUUCACGUGAUCGUAUCUUCUCACUGUAUGCGUCUGCGUUGCUACUGAUCAGCCUUCAGUGGUGCCGUCCUCUGGGGAGUCUGGACCGACCCUCAGCCGGAGCGCAGCACUGAAGGUCGGCCAUUUGUCUAAUCUGUCCUGAAAAGACUUGAUCAGAGUUUAUUUAUUAGUUUGACUUGGUUCAGGGUUUACUGUAGGUGUACUUCUCGUUUCUGUGAUCUUGGUACUCAUUAACUGGUGUCGGGCUGUCUGUUCAUUUUGUUUCUGUGCAAAUCUCGUUACUGUAAUUACUUUAAUACACAGCGUAGAAACCUCUGGAGUAUUAAGAUUUGUCACAACGUAGAGAAGCACUUGUUUUUAGCAUGCGUAUGUUUUCAACACUAUUGUCUAGGCUGCUAUUUCUUACUGUUUGUAUAUUUAAUGUAAAUACAUAUCCUAUUUAUCAAACUGUGGGUUUUCCCGUGUUACGACGCACGCGAGGUCGUCAGAGCCACGUGUCUUAAUAGGACUGCGUCUCUUAACGUCGCUUUCUUUUUCACAUCCAACGCGAUUGGACCCUGCGUCGCUAAGAAUCCGAGCGCUUGAAGCGGCUCCGGCUGCUGCUCCGCCGCAGGAAACAGUUGUUGAGCAUCACAGCCACAAUGAUGUGGCAUCGGACACCUAUAGAACGCAGACAAUACGGGCAUUGUUCCCCCGCGAGGCCCAGGUAGUUCUCAAGGGAUCAUUGUGUCUCUGCGAGCUGUGGGGAGACUUGACUGAAUUGAAUGGAGCCGCUGGAAUGUGACAAAUACAUUUAGCGAAGGGAGACCAAGCAAAGUGUAAACAGGUGCAUUGUUAGCAGGCAUCAGAGAGCAGCGUGCUCUGACUCCUCAUCUCCACAGAAUAAGAGUUAUUACUGAGUGUUGAAGUGUAGAAGUUGACAUCCAUGAUGUCAGAUGUAGGUGCUGACUCGCUGCCGCCCCAGCGCAGACCCCAGGGGGCCAACGCGUGUGAGGGCCGCAGCCUGCGCUCGCUGCUGCAGCUGAAGGCUUCCCGAACCCACGGGCUCCGUGUUUACCUGCUGUCAGCGUCAUCAGAACAACAGGGACGUUUCACACGGGCUGCAGCUGUGUACUGUUAAUAUUGUAUAUUUCAAUAAGAAUCCAAGGAAUGUAGAUUUUGUGACUGUUUCAGUUUUUUAAAGAAACAUUUCUUAUGUGGUGCAAGUUAAAAAAGCUGGAUGUACGGAGGCGCUAGAACUAACGACGUGUAAAGAAUAAUUUCUUCUGAUUGUUUGCGGUCUUUAUUUAUACCUCCACGAUCAUCACCACAUGUGCCUUGUAGACACACAAAUGGGUGUUGCAUCUGGAGAAGCCCUUUUUCUACCUUGUGCGUGAGUUCACAUCGCGGCCAACAAGGACGGGAAACCAUUCAAAACCUGUUGUUCCUGUUUUUCUAUCAUAUCAAAAUGGUAAAUCGGACAAACUCCGAGUUUGGGAUCCGUUUGUUUUUGCUGCUUUUGCAAGAGAUUACGUUUGAGGUUUAUCUGAGCAUUUUUGUUCAUGUGAAUAAAUCUGUUGUGGACGUGUUCAACUGAAGACAAGCAUUUUCUGUGUUCUGGCGUUUGUUCAAAAAGCGUCUGUCCCUUUAGUUGAUGUCACUGUUGAAUGUGAAACACUGAGAUUUUGAUUGUUGACUUCCAUGAAGGCAGUGGCGCUGCUUUCCCCACUUCAUGCUGUAUGAUCCUUAAAGUCUGAUACUGGAAUUCUGUCCUCUGCAGGUUACAACUGUGAAAUUGUGUAUAAUCAUGAAAAAUAUUUAUUAUUGAUUUAGCUUCUUGUGCAACAUUUGACUGUCUCCGUUUGAAUUUGGUAAAACACAGAAAAAGCUUCUAAAUGUCAAACAAAAAUCUUUUUAAUAGGAUUUGUAGAAGUGCCAUUAGAAUUUAAUAUAAUUUUUUAAUAAGAGGUAUAUUUUAUAGUAAUCAAUUGCUUCAGUAUUAGUGGUAUAGAGAUUAGAGGACAAUCCUGACAUUGCAGAACUGACAUUGCUUAGAUGAAGACAAUUUACUUUGAUCUGUAAAUGUGCAUUUUCCUUGUUUGCGCUUUUGGAGUGUUUGUGUAUGUGUGUGCGUGUAUGUGUGUGUGCGCGCGCGUGUGCUGUGGACAUGUGACAAUCUUGAUUUAGGUCUUUAUUGAGAUUAUGCAUAGAAUUAAAUGGAACAACUUUC